AUGUCGAUCCGUGUAUCUGAUGUAGGCUAUGUCAUCAACUAUGAUUUCCCCAACAAUUGUGAAGAUUACAUUCACAGAAUUGGAAGAACUGGGCGUGCUGGCAUGAAGGGAACAUCGUUCACCUACUUCACCACUGACAACGCCAAGUCUGCCCGAGAGCUUGUGAACAUUUUGAAGGAAGCUAAAGCAGUUGUACCCCCUCAACUCGAAGAAAUGACUAUGUAUGGCGGCGGAGGCGGCCGAAGUCGUUACGGCGGUGGUGGUCGCGGUCGGGGAGGCGGCGGCGGACGAUUCGGUGGAGGAGGUGGCGGCUAUGGCGGUGGCGACAGUGGAUAUGGUGGAAGGAAAGAUCGCUGGUAUUGCAUCAUCAUAUGGAACCCAAUUACGCUGCGGGUCAACGGCAGUUCUUCUACCAUAUGCACCGUCACUUUCGCUGCACCUUCGCUGCGACUGUACGAUACCUCCGAAAGGAUUGACUUAAGGUUGGUAGCACCAUCCAGCACAUGCACACUUUUGGCGGAAGUACUUGGGUUAUCUGCGUGGGAUCCUCGGUUUAAUGCGGUCGAGCUUCGCAGUAUCGCCCAUCGCCCUACUGCGGGACGCCGCCGCUCUCCUUUGGCGACUUGGUUGCUUUCUUUCACCGCUCUGUCGACGUCACUAUCGGGCUCAGGCUGGUUACCCGUGAGCAGCACACGACCAACGGAUAUCUCUUUUGCAGUAACCAUAUGGAUGACUCUUCGUGAAACUAGUACACGUUAA